UGUAGAUAAACUGAUAAAAUAUCAAGUUGCCCAUAAUAAGUAUUGUCCCAGAAGGAUUUGAAAGGAAGAGCAGGGUGUUUCUUGAGGCCUUUUUACAUUCUGAGCUCUUACUGCUUACAACAAUGUCGGUGACGGCAGGUGUUAGUGAUACUAUAAUUGCCAUUAGGGAUAAGCUUAGAGGGAAGAUUGGGCAAACAAAGGUUAAAAGGUAUUGGCCUGGUAAAGCUCCUGAGUGGGCAGAUGAUAUUGAUGAAGAUAAUGAUAUUAGGAUGGCAAGGGCUGCUGCCCUUGAAAAAGCUUUCCCUAGUCAAGAAGAUUCAGAUGUGGCCAAGAAGGAUGAUCCUAGGCUACGUCGUAUGGCUGAGAGUAGGAUAGAUAAUCGUGAUGAGAUUAGAGCUGAUCAUAGGCGCAUUCGGCAAGCUGAGAUUGUAUCGACUGAGGAAGAGGAAAACAAGAGGCAAGAAGGAUUGGAUUUGGAGGAAGAGGAUGAAGAUGCAUUGGAGGAGAGAAGGAGAAGGAUCAGAGAGAAGUUACUUCAAAGGGAGCAAGAAGAAGCAGCUCUACUUCCAGAAGAAGAGGAGGAGGCAGUAGAAGAAGAGGAGGAAGAGGAAUCUGAGUAUGAGACUGACUCAGAAGAAGAUCAUACCGGUAUGACUAUGUUGAAGCCUGUGUUUGUACCAAAGCAGGAGAGAGAUACCAUAGUGGAGCGUGAGCGGAUUGAGGCUGAAGAGCAAGCCAUUGAGGAGUUAGCAAAGAGGAAAUUGGAAGAGAGAAGGGUUGAGACAAAACAAAUACUUGUUGAGGAGGUUCGAAAGGAUGAAGAAAUUCAGAAGAAUUUGGAAUUGGAGGCUAAUAUUGCCGAUGUGGAUACUGAUGAUGAGCUUAAUGAGGCGGAGGAGUAUGAGGCUUGGAAAGCAAGAGAGAUAGAAAGGAUCAAGAGGGAUAGGGAGGCUAGGGAGGCAAUGGUGAAGGAGAAGGAAGAGAUCGAAAAGGUAAGAAACAUGACAGAAGAAGAGAGAAGAGAGUGGGAGAGAAGGAAUCCAAAAGCUGGUCCACCACCGAAGCAGAAGUGGAGGUUUAUGCAGAAAUAUUUCCACAAGGGUGCCUUCUUCCAAUCAGAUGCAGAUGACUUUGCUGCUACUGCUGGAUCAGAUCAGAUUUUCCAACGUGAUUUCUCUUCCCCAACUGGAGAAGAUAAGAUGGACAAGACCAUAUUACCAAAGGUCAUGCAGGUCAAGCACUUCGGUCGUAGUGGUAGAACCAAAUGGACCCAUCUUGUCAACGAGGAUACAACUGAUUGGAACAAUCCGUGGACAUAUAAUGAUCCUCUUCGUGCCAAUUACAAUGCAAAAAUGGCAGGAAUGAAUGCGCCAAUUGCAAAACCCAAGGGAAGCAAGAAGUUGAAAGAUUGGGAGUCCCGAUCGUAAGUUUAUGCCCAGAGAAAUCAGUUUUUAUUUGACAUUGAACUAGAGGAAACUGUAGUUGAUACAUGUUUGUGACCACAUCUUUGCCCUUUCAGUUAUGGCUAAAGUACAUACGAAAUUUAUGUGCCAAGAAGAAACUUAAUCCAUAGUGAAGAAAGCUGUAAAAUUGUUAAUUUCCAUUGGCAACAUUUUCUUACCAGUCAUGGAAGUCUGUUAUCUGUUUUUUUGUUAAUUCAACUCAAAAGUAGAUCGAUCUUAUUUAAUUCAA